GGCGGGCGCGGCGGCCUUUCCGGAGCUGAGCUGAGCUGAGCGGCCGGGUGGUUGAGGACAAGGAGGCGUGGUCAGGCUGCUGGGCCAGCUGAUGCCAUCAUGGCAGAGAAAGUGAACAACUUCCCACCAUUGCCCAAGUUCAUCCCUCUGAAGCCAUGUUUCUACCAAGACUUUGAGGCCGACAUCCCCCCCCAGCACCUCAGCAUGACCAAGCGCCUCUACUACCUCUGGAUAUUGAACAGCGUCACGCUGGCCGUGAACCUGGUGGGCUGUCUCGCGUGGCUGAUCGGAGGCGGGGGAGCCACCAACUUUGGCCUCGCCUUUCUCUGGCUCAUCCUCUUCACACCUUGCUCCUACGUCUGCUGGUUUCGGCCCAUUUACAAGGCCUUCAAGACGGACAGCUCCUUCAGCUUCAUGGCCUUCUUCUUCACCUUCAUGGCCCAGCUGGUCAUCAGCAUCAUCCAGGCUGUGGGAAUUCCAGGCUGGGGCGUAUGCGGCUGGAUCGCCACCAUCUCCUUCUUCGGGAGCAACAUUGGCGCAGCGGUGGUGAUGCUCAUACCCACCAUCAUGUUCACCGUCGUGGCUGUCUUCUCCUUCAUCGCCCUCAGCAUGGUUCAUAAAUUCUAUCGGGGCAGUGGGGGGAGUUUCAGCAAAGCCCAGGAGGAGUGGACCACGGGAGCGUGGAAGAACCCUCACGUACAACAGGCGGCGCAGAACGCAGCCAUGGGAGCCGCGCAGGGUGCCAUGAACCAACCGCAGACUCAGUAUUCUGCCACCCCCAACUACACAUACUCCAAUGAGAUGUGAGCCAGUCAAGCCCACCAGGAGGCAGGGCUGGGGGCCAGUGGGACAGGGGGCUCAAGCCACAUCAUCUCUUGUGGUAACCAAGCAGGGUUCCCCCCUUCCCCUUUCUCCUUACCCCCCUCCCACUUUGUACAAAGAAUCAGAGUUAUAUAUAUAUAUAUAUGCAUACACACAUGUCCUGUCCCCUGCUCCUCCCUUUUGGGCUCUGCCCUUGGCACUCCAAGAGCUAUGGACUGCACGUGGAGCCGGCCCGUGCAUUGGUAGCUUUGUUCAUGUCCCUUUGUGAAAUAGUACGCCGUGGAGGUCUCUUGUCGUGGUGCUAGAUGUAUGUUUAGAACUACACCUCCCCUCCACCAGGCUGCCCCCUCCGACCCUGGCCCAGGGACUCCUCAUGGGGAAGGGGGAGGCACAGCCGAGAACCCGGUGCCCUGUGCUGCAGGGUGGCGAGCAGAAGCUGUUUCCACCUCUGGUCCCACUGGAAACAACAGUAUUUAGAUCUUGGGGAGGGUGGGAAAACAUGGGGGAUGGUCCCUUGGUCCUUGCAACCCACCUGGGACCCCUCCCUUCAGCCCCCUCCUCCCCGUGUUUCCUCGCUGCUGUCAGAUUUCUUGUGCUCUUGCCCUUCACCCGGGGUCUCUCUCACCUCCCGUGUGGCUUUUCUUAAGGCUAAGUGUCCCACUUGUAUCUGCUUCAAGACCGAGCCCAGAUCCCCAUGUCUGAUCAGCUUUCUAGUUUAAGGGGAGCUGAGGCAGCCCUGAUAGAGGACAGGCACCCACUGAAGAGGGAGGCAGAGCCCCUUCGGUACGUGACUCUCCUAGGGAGCGGAAGUCCAGGGUUGGUUGGUCUCCUUGGUUCUGACAGCUUGGCCUGACAGCAGAGCAGGCUUUUCUUUCCCCUCCCCAAAUACCCCCUCCUCUUCUCCUAGAUCCACCUUGAGCCACUCAGCCUUUCUUGAAGAACUGGUUGUACUAGGCAGUUGUCAGGUGUAAAGGCCCCAUUGGAGCACAGGCCAUGGAAAUCAUUCUAGGUCCCUGGAGGAGGUCUGGCUGGCCCUACCCUACUGGGGUGUCUGGUUAUCUCUGAGUGACCACUGGGUUCUUGGGUGGAGCUUCUGUUCUGUUUGGGUAUAGCAGAAAGGUCAGGGUUAGGCCUGGAAGGAGAUGAGAGGGGACCUCACCUCUCCAGCUCCACUUGUCCUUGGCUAUAAGACACUUUCAGGGGAGCCAUGCCCAAGCCCAGUCUGAGCUACAAGCACAAUGGCCUGAGGAGAAUUUAUGGUUAGGCGGGAAAGGAGCAGGGGAGGACUCUGGCUUGAGUUUUUAGUUUAGUGUUUUUGUCCCCAGUUCAGAACUACGGGGCUUGGUUCUUGGCCUUUCCUCAUUGUCAGAACCCUCUUCCUCUUCAAGGCAGUGGUCUUGGUCCUUGGGACUGUUCUUUUCCAAGCAGUGGGUUAGACAGCUCUGUGUGAAGCCCGGGGGUUGGUUCUCAUCCAAGGACCAGCUGCCUAUAUCUUACCCUCCCUUCCUCCACAGAAUCCCACCUGAGCCAGGUGGGCUGAAAAAAACAGACCCUACUUGGGUACUCCAGGCUGACUUUAUCUUGGAACCUAACACCUUGGGUUUUCAGAUCACUUUGACCUUUGACUCCAUCCGCUUCUUCCCUGUAAGAGAAGCGAAGAGCUUCUGGAAAGUUCCUUUUCUAAUGCUCUCUUAGGCCCAGGCCACAAAGUGAAUUGGUUCUCUGCCAUGUUCUCUCUGAAGAGCAGCUGCCAUAGCCCUGGGUACCCUAAGAGACCCUAAGACUAGGCCCUUCCUCCUCUUCCCUCCUUCUGUCCCCAGAUCUCCAACUCCCUUUCUCUUCAUCCCUCUGGGAAGUUCCAGGAGGGCUGGGAUCCAGACGCCAGCCUAGUAGCCAAUGCCUGUUCAGCAUUACCUCCCAUUGGUUUCCCACCCUACCUGCCUUUCCUCUUUCCUGGCUCAGACCUAUUGGCCAUCCCUGUUGCUGCCCUUGGGGAAAGCCUGCUAUCAGUGUCUGGCCCAGCAGUUUCGGCCCUGGAAUGCUGCAUCUCCAGGCAACUAUGCACUUUCCUAGGGAGGGGACCAGGAUGAGAAACAGAACUGGGAGCAGAUUCAUCUCUGCUGGAUGGUUGACUUGCGGGGGGUGGGGGUGGGGCUGGAGGAAUGCCUAGUCAGUUCUGGGGACCUCCUGGUCUGCAGCCAACCAGUGACUUUUUGUUUUGUCUUAUUUUUUGCAUUCUCCUGGUAUCCACUGCCCCUCCUUGCUUCUGGGAGAUACAACCAUUCCUUACCUGGCAGUUGACCUGCCUGAGCCAGUGUGUCUGUCUGUGAUAACUGGAUGAACCAUAGAAUAAAAGGGAACAUUUGACCCUG